ACAGGGCUCCUAGGAAUUUAGCUGUACCACUCUCCCUGAUGAUUCUGGGAAGUAGUUACCUCUUCCAGAGUUGGGGUCAAAUCCAUACAUGUCCAAUUCCCACCAAAGCCCACUCUCCCCAGGGCUUGCAGGGAUAGAAAGGUAACCACACCCCCCAGAUUUGCCUAUGUGAGAGCAGAGAGCACAAAGUUUGAGACAGAGGUGAAUGGACAGGUGUGCUUCUUAGAGAAGUAGCCGAAAGGUGGCAAGAAGCUGGCAGCAGCCCCAGGAGGCCCCUGGCACCAUGGACAAUGAUGAACCUCUUGAGUCUGAGACAACAGAGGAGACUGGGACCCAGUCCACACCACACAGCAGUGAUGAAAUGCUCUACUGUGAGGCCGAAGCCGCCCCGGCUGCGGAUAAAGGGAAACCCACCCGGGAGAGUUCAGAAACAGACCUCGAGAUUGAAGAUACUGAGAAAUAUUUCACCACCGGGCAAAAGGAGCUGUACAUGGAGGCCUGCAAGCUGGUGGGCGUAGUGCCUGUCUCCUACUUCAUCCGGAACAUGGAGGAGUCCUACAUGAACCUCAACCACCACGGGCUGGGCCCCCACGGUACUAAGGCCAUUGCGAUCGCCCUGGUGUCCAACACGUCUCUGAUCACCCUGGAGCUGGCAGACAACAGUAUCAUGGAGGAGGGCAUCCUGAGCCUGGUGGAGAUGCUACAAGAGAACUACUACCUCCAGGAGUUGAAUGUUUCUGACAAUGCUCUUGGUUUUGAGGGGGCCAAAGUCAUCUCAGAGUUUCUCCAGAAAAAUUCCUCUUCACUCGUGAGCCUUCAGCUAUCAGGAAACAAGUUCAAGGACCAAUCUGCAGAGCUGCUCUGCCAGGCCCUGUCGGCCAAUUACAGAAUUAAGGAGAUAGAUCUCAGCCACAACGAAUUCUCUGAUAAGGGCGGGGAGAUCCUGGGAAACAUGCUGGCCCUCAACGUAGGGCUCCUGACACUGGACCUGAGCUGGAAUCACUUAUGCUCACGGGCAGCUGUGUCCCUGAGCAACGGCCUCCGGUCCAACGUGACCCUGAAGACACUCGAUCUCUCCAUGAAUGGCUGUGGGAAUGAGGGGGCCGCGGCCCUCGCGGAGGUCCUCAAAACCAACAGCUCCCUGGCCUACCUAAACGUCAGCAACAAUGACAUCAGCAACGAAGGGAUCUUCAAAAUCAGCAAAGGACUGGAGUUCAACGAGAGCCUCCGAUCUCUGAAGCUGUUCCUGAACCCUAUGAACAUGGAUGGAGCUAUGUCACUCAUCACGUCCAUCCGGAGGAACCCCAGAUCCAAAAUGGAAAACCUUGACAUUUCCCAUGUGAUGGUGUCCGAGCAAUUCGUGAAACUCUUAGAUGCGGUGUAUACCGUCCACCCCCAGCUGGACGUGGUCUUCAAGGCAAUCCAAGGCCUCUCUGAAAAGAAAUCCAUCGUCCAGUCUUCAAACCCCAUGAAACUGAUCCAGAGCUAUGCUGAGCAGAACAACAUCAAGGUCCUGGACUUCUUCAAGAGCUUGACCCCUACUGGGACGAUGAAGAUGCCUGUGGGCGAGUUCUGGAAAGCCAUGAUACAGCAAAACAAGAUCCCCCUAAACCGGAACCAACUCAGGGAGCUGACCAAGCGGCUGGAUGACAAGAAUGGCAUGGUGAACUUCAGUGGCUUGGAAGCGGUGAAGCCAUAGCAACAAGUCUGGCCUGGAAAGAAGUUUCUGUGACAGAGAAGUCCUGGCAAGCCAGCCAGCGGCAAGGAGGAGGAGGCGAGCUGGCUGAGACUCCCGUGGACAGCACCGAGGCCCGGACUGGGAGAGAGCCAAUAAAGUCUGGCUUGGUCUCGGCGUCUCCGGGCUGCUGGUGGUGCGCCCUUCCCGGGGGAGCACCCUCUGGGAGCGUGUCCUUGAUGGCCUCUUUAAGAGCCAGGAAGACACAUUGGGGAUGCAGUGGGGUUGCUAGGCGGCAGGGAAAGAGCAGUGGGGA